UUCACCGCCGCCGGCAACUCAAGACUCCAUUUUCCGGUACCGGAAGUGCCAUUUUACAUGCACCAAAUGCUAAACCCUAAUGAUCCACCACAACCACCAGCUCAUACUUUUCAUGACAACGCCACCACCGUCUCUCCGCCUACUCCUCCACCGCCGCCGUAUUUAGCUCAAACCGGAUGGAACGCCGGAGGCGGAGGUGUGAUCAACCUGAACCAUCGUACAAACAGUUAUGCAGCGAGUACAACCAUUCGAUGGCCACGGCAAGAAACACUUUCGCUUCUUGAAAUCAGAUCUCGACUCGAUUCUUGUUUUCGGGAAGCGAGUUCGUCGAACCAUAAAGCCCCUUUAUGGGAUGAAAUCUCCAGGAUUAUGAACGACGAAUAUGGGUACCAAAGAAGUGGUAGAAAAUGCAAAGAAAAGUUCGAGAAUUUAUACAAAUAUUACAAGAAAACUAAAGACGGGAAAGUUGGCAAACACGACGGUAAACAUUACCGGUUUUUCGGCCAACUCGAAGCCCUUUUCGGAGAUCAACAACGUACGACGGUGGCUUAUCCGAUCAGCCAAUCGAAUUAUUCGUCUGAAUAUGGAACGCCAUCGAAUGAGAAGAACCGAAGAACCGACUACGAGUUCGAAACCGAUGAAUUCAUUGCUGCGAUUCAGGAUUCGAUUGAUUCUCAGCUUUCGAAACUGAUGGUUAAACAAGAUGAAUGGGGGGAGAAGAUUUUGUGUGCCAUCGAUCGUAAAGACCAAGAGAGGGUGGUUAUGGAUGAAGAAUGGCGGAAACGGGAGGCGGCUCGAUUGGCUCACGAAUACGAAUCUUGGGCUAACCAUGUGGCUCGAAUCGAGACUCGCGACAAAUCGUUACUCGAUGCUUUGCAAAACCUAAUUAGGGUUAGAUCGAGAGGGUCUAGUUAUCGGGACAUGGAUCCGGUGGCGAAUCCGAAAGGAAACGAGUGCUCGGAUCAUCGCGAUAAACGUAAAGAUUGGAGUGAACCCGAGAUCUCUAGCUUGAUUCAUAUACGAAUAAACAAAGACGGUAAAUUUCGAGAUGGCGAUCAAGAAGACGGGGAGAGAAUUUGGGAGGAGAUCGCUUUCGAAUUGUCUCUUUUGGGAUACAAUCGAAAUGGAAUCGAUUGCAAAGAGGCAUGGGAAAAGCUUUGUGUCGACUUUAACAAGUCGAAAAUGGAAUGCGAGAUCGUGAGCAAAGAGGUUUCUUCGAGAACAAGCAACGCGGUGGACGAUAACGACGAUCGGAAUAGUUGUCUCCGAGCAAUGACGAUGAACAUCGACGGCGAACGUUAGUCGGAAACUAUGUAAUCAGUCCGAUCAAGGUAGGUUAAGUUGUUGAUUUCUAAAUUAGAGAAGUUCAUAGGAUGAUCCUUUGUAAAAUAAUGUCUGUGUUUGAGAAGAUUGCUUUCGAAUGCUAACCCUAAACUCGUGAUGCUGGGUGUGUUUGGUGUCCAAACAGGACGUGAUAGAACAACU